AUGGAUAUGCCAGUGAACGUUCCCGUUGAUGAUCCGAACGCGGACACAGAAUGGAACGACAUUCUGCGCAAACAUGGUGUGAUACCUGAGAAACCUCCGUCUCCAACACCCAUGAUCGAGGAGGCGAUUCUUGAAGCCAGGCGACUUGCACAUGAGAAUCGACUUGAAGGAAAAGAUCUCGAUGAACUUGACGAAUUAGAAGAUGAGGAGGACGAGGCUUUUCUCGAUCAGUAUCGAAAGAAACGUAUGGACGAGCUCGCUUCCUUGCAAGCCGCCAGCGUUCACAAUCAGGUAUAUCCGGUUCAAAAGCCGGAGUAUUCGAGAGAAGUAACAGAAGCUUCAAAUCAGACAUUCGUCCUGGUGCUUCUUACAUCCUCGAGUGGAACAAAUGAAGAAUCAAGACUCUUGAUCGAAGUCUGGCGAGAGUCAGCACGCAAAUUCGGCGAACUUAAGUUCUGCCAAAUGCAAGCCAAUUUGUGCAUCGAUGGCUACCCAGACCGCAACACUCCAACGGUCCUGAUUUACAAGGAUGGACAGAUAGUCAAGCAGAUCGUCACACUACGAGACUUGCGAGGAUUGCAGACUGGGUUGCAGGAUAUUGAAAAGGUCUUAACCGAGAUCGGUGCCGUGAAGCACGGUGACUCUCGACUCGCGAAUCGUCCUUAUGGUCAAGGAGACGCACCUGAAAGAAGCAAGACGAUACGGUCCAGUACAAAAGCUCAUGUCGACGACGAAGAUAGUGAUUGGGAUUGA